AUUUACUCUUGAGUGUAGGAUGUUUCUUGGAUAUAUGUAUAGAUACUUGUGUAUCUUCCCUUUUGGGCACUGUAAUUCAUUUGAGCUGCAUACCUGUCACAACUCACAAGGUGCACACAUCUGCAUGUUGCAUGCGAAUUGACAUGUUUUUAUCUCAGGAUUUAGUUCCUCCUAAUUAGGUUCUCUGCCUGAUUAUUGCUAAGACACUUCCUUCUAUAAUCAUUUUCCAGGGCCAAUACAAGUCAACUUUGGUCUGCCCAGUCUGUGGAAAGGUUUCAGUGACUUUUGACCCGUUCAUGUAUCUUUCCUUGCCCUUACAAUUUGCAUCAACCCGGAGCAUGACUACCGUGGUUUUUACUUGUGAUGGAAGUGUUCCACCAACACAAUUCACUGUAAAUGUACCGAAGCAAGGUAGGUGCAGGGAUCUAUUACAAGCCCUUGGCAAUGCAUGCUCACUUAAAAAAGUGGAGAAACUUCUAAUUGCCGAGAUACGGAAUCAUAAGAUCUACCGUUUUCUUGAUGAUCCAGUGCUUCAACUGUCUACAAUAAGCGAUGAUGACCGACUGGCAGUAUAUAGGCUCCCGAAACUGGAAAAGAGGGCCAAUUAUAUUCAGUUUGUGCAUCGCCGUGAAGACUUGGAUCAUGCAAACAAUAACAGUUUGGCAUCUUGGAAACCCUAUGGUGUUCCUCUUCUUGCACAAAUACCUCGCAAUGAAACUGUAACAGGUUUUGAUAUCCAUGAGUUGGUUCAUAAAAUGCUUGUGCCCAUGCUAAGAAAUCAGGACUCACCACAGUUGGCUGCCCAAAAUUCUCCCUCCUUGCAUAGUUAUAAUACUGACAGCAGCAAAUUGCAGCUACAAUUGAUUGAUGAUAGCAACACAGUCAUAGGAAAAUUGAAUGAUUCUAUCAGGGUCCCACAAUCUUCACUUGCAACAAUAUUUUUUAUCAAUUGGUCCAAGGAAGAUAUGAAAAAGAUUAACACUGAUCAUUUAGAAUACCUUCCAGAGGUGUUUAUGUAUGCUCCUCCUGCCAAGAGGAGGAUUAUUUGCUAUUAUGUACUCGCAUAGGAUUAUUGUAAAUGAGCAUUUGGGAUGGACAUUUCCUACAGCUACAGUUUAUUUUAAUCCUGCAAAAAAAAUCUGGCUACUACAUAGUUGCUUUUUCUGGUUUCAGUUUCACUAGCAUCAUGUGUUGAUUUUACUGAGUUCUGAUGGUAGUCAUGUAGGGUGAACUUGCAUUAGCUUUUGGUGAGCUACUGAGAAAACUCUGGGCUCCUGGAGGACGUGGCCCAGUUUCUCCUAGACCAUUCAAAAUGAAGC